AAAGUUAACAAAAAGGAAACAAAAUUUAAUAAUAAAUGAAAAUUAAUUAAAUAUUCAGUAAAAUUGCAUAACAUUUGAUGGUAAUGGCAGAUGAAGACACUGACGAUUACAUGAAUGGUAUAACAUUUGUGACGGCAAUUGAGAAACGAUAUAUCGAGACAUGUAUUAUACCGAAAGAUGUCCUCCAUUUGCCGCAAACCGAUGGUCACCAACGGACCAUUGAAUUAGUCGGCUUUGAGAAGACAUUCGAGCGAUUGAAUGAAGUGGUUGUCUCACACAUGAAGAUCAUUGCCAGUGGUAAUGAUUGCCAUCGUCUGAGAUCAGUAUUAAGUCAAACAAAGACAUUGGUUUUGUCGAAUAACUGGUUAACCGAUUGGAUGGAAGUGUUUAAGAUUGUGGUUAAUAUGGAAAUGUUGACGGAUUUGGUUUUGAGUCACAAUAAGUUGAAACUUCCGACUGAAGAACAGCUGUUGGAUGAGUCGUUGAAAUCAAUCAAAACUUUAAUCAUUGAUAAUAUUAAUUACAAUUGGCAUAACAUCUUAUAUUGUUGUCAAAUGUGGCCAAGUAUUGAAAGAUUGGACUUAUGGGGCAAUUGUAUUAGUCAACUGUCCUCUCCUAAGGGCUUAAUCUUUAAUCAUUUGAAUUAUCUGAGUCUUUGCAAUAAUAACAUCGAAGAUUGGCUUCAAGUUUGUAAAUUAGGAGAACUGCAAGAACUUAAGACAUUAGACGUUUCCGAUUGUAAUUUAAGGCAAAUUUGUUUUAGAGAUGUUGUAGUCAAUCAAAAGACACUACUGUUUCCACAAUUAGAGUAUCUUCUUAUAAGUAAUAAUAGGCUGAAUGAGUGGCGAGAUAUCGCUGAACUCAAUAAACUACAAAAACUACAGAAUCUGUUCAUUAAAAAUAAUCCAGUCUUUGAUAACGAAAAAUAUGAUACAAAUUUCAAUUUCAUAUUAUCUCGUAUUGAAGGACUCAAAGUUUUAAAUCGUGAAAAUAUAUCAGAAGCGAUGAGAAGAGAUUCAGAGAUAGCAUACUUAAGAAGAAUGUAUAAAGAAAAUCCUACUUUUGAGUCAAUUUUAGCCAAAUUGGGUACUCCUUAUGGUUUUGAAAAUCUUUCUAAAAAAGAAAUGGAAAGAAAAAAGUUUUUCAACAUAAAACUGAGAAAUCCUUUUGAUAAUAAAAUGGAGAUCGAAAAGAAAAUACCCGCUUCAAUUACAAUAAUUAAUUUGAAAACAAUUGUUCGCAAACUGUUUGAUAUCGAUUACAAUUAUGAUUUUAAUCUUAUAUGGACUUCAAAGGAUUUUGAGUGUCCUCUCGAUAAGGAAUCGCAAAAUCUAAACUACUAUUCUAUUGAAAAUGGAGACACUAUUUUGUUUUUUUGGACAAUCAAUUAGUUUAACUUUAAAUUUGUGGUUAAAGUU